AUGGACGUGAACUCGACGCGUCUGACGUGGCGUACGACGCCCGACUUGUGUCUGAACGAUGAGUCAUUGGUCGACAUUAUCACUGGACUGCGAGCACAAGUCCAAGCGCUGGAGAAGAACGAGUUGCUAAAUGGUGCUGCAUUACCGGCCUGGCUUAUCAAAGCUCUGUCUGACGUGGCCAGCAAUGUGGACGCUGUGGUGGAGUGUCAAGCGCUGAAAGAUCAGGUGGCGUCGCUGCAGAAAGAAAUUUUGGAUCUGCGUCACGAAAUGCUACUCAAUGUCUCGAGCUCCGGGUCUGGAGCUUCAGCGGCGUAUAAUCCUACACCGCACCACCGUCAGUCAACUGGCCGGCCACGAGCACAGCAAGCAAGCCCCACUCGGCAACUCAUGCGGAUGCCGUCGUCCAAGGACAUGUCCGAAACUAUCGCGGCCACCGGAGAGACCGCUGGCUUGUUACAACAAGCCACAGGCUCUAGUGGAGUCUCGGCUCAGUUCGUCGAGGCUAUGAUCAAGCCUCUUUGGGAUUUCGUACACCGACAGACCAACGAUUUCUCAGCAUUGAAGCAAGCGUUCCAGGAGGCCAAAGACACGGUGGCCCGGCUGCAAUCCGAGAUCAAGCGCCGCGAUGCUGUCAUUAAAGCACGCAACGAAAAACACGAAGGUGUGGUGCAGUCUCAGAUGGAUAAACUCAACGAGAGCCUACGUUCUUGUGUCACUCGGAACGACCUCAUCAACGCCGAGCAGCGGAUCGGCCAGCAGAUGAAGAUCGACCGUCAACGAAUGCUCGACGAGGUGGACGCGAGGUCUAACAAGAUCCUCGAAGACAUGCUGACUGCGCGGUCAGACCAGGAGGAUAUCAACAGUUCGAACGCAGAGAUGAUGGAGCUGUUGACCAGGAAGCAAGCCCGGACCGAAGAAGUGAUCGUGGAGUGGGGGAUGAAGCAGAACAGCCUCGAACUACGACUGGAAGGCGUCAAGACGUCGCUCAUGGAGACGACGACCAACUUGGAAGUCAACACGGCUGCCGUAAGCGCAUUGGAGGAGAAGGCCACGGGCUUCGAGGAGACGCAGAAGAUCGUGGAGUAUCUCUCCGGUGAAGUGACCAAGGCUUUCAAGGCCCAUGAAGAGCUGAAAAUCUACAUGGAGAACCGUCUGGUCGAGAAAAUCUCGGAGAGUGUGGCCGCUGUACGUGGCGAAAUGGCCACACUUCAGACGGUCGUGAAUGAGCUGGUAAACCUGGACUUGGAAAACGAGAUCAAGGCUGUAUCUGCGAAGGUCGAUGCGAUCUCUCUCACUGCAACGGACAGUGUACGGAAGAUCGCAGCGAUGCAGAAGCAGACCAUUGCAACCGAUGACCACAACAAGAUGCAGUUCACUCAAGCUUUCGACUCGAUCGACCGUAUCCAACAGAGUCUAAGUACUCUGUCUGAAGAGAGCAUUCACUUGUCACACACGUUGCAGCGCACUAUCGAGAGCGCGGAGAAGCUGACAAACGACGUGAAUGCUUACAAGGAAAUGACGGACAACUCAAUCAAUAGUUUGCAGUCGUCGAGUGUAAUUCAGCGAUCGGAUCACGAAAAACUCCAUCAGUCUAUGGACAACGAGCUGGCCAUGGUCAAGAACCAGCUCUUCCACUUCGAAGAAGUGACAUCCGCACACAAGCGCGAGAUCGAGGAUACCCAACGCGACGUGGAUAGGAAUUUCAGGAACCAGUACCACGAGAACCAAGCAAUUAAAGGCUCUCUGGAUAGUUUACACACGGCCAAGGACGAGAUCAUGGCUCGACAGGACGCCGCGGAGUCCCAGAUGAUGGCCCUGCAAGCGGAAAACCGGGCCGAGAUUCAGACCGCGACGGCCAAACUCGUGACUAUCGUGGACAAGGAGUCCGACCGCGUGGAGGCUCUAUACGCUUCGUUCCAGCAGAAACAAGAGUACUUCGCAGACGUCGUGGCCCGCUCCUCUAUACGCAACAUGGACCUAGCCGACAUGAACCGCGAGAUCGACCGCGUGUGCGAGAACUUUGUGUCUGAAUGCUGGAAGUUCGAGACGUCAGCCAGGUCGAGUAGCAAGCACAAACCCGACAAUAAUGGUACCAACAGGAAGCAGUUUAACGAGCGACAGCAGCAGCUGUUGGUGCGUGACUGCCAGUUUAUCGCCGACUUGAUGGUGGCCAGGGCCGAGUACGAGAUCCUUCAAAUUGGCUGCAACAAGGACGUCAGGAGUCAACAGACAAUGGACGAAGAUAUGCUGGAGCAACAAAUCAGUAUUAUGGAGAAGAUCCGCCUUAAGAUCCACACUAAGAUCAUGAACAACAAGAACAUCGGCGAACAGUUCGACAAGAGCGCACUGGAUCGACGUGAGCUAUAUAUUGACACUAUCAACAACAUGAUGGCGGCCAGUAUGAAGCGCAGAACUCUAAUGGGCGGAGGUGGAGACGUAAGCAACAAACACAAACGCAACAGUGUCCACGACGACACCGUGUCUUCUUCAGGAGGAGGCGAGUUCCUGGAAACCACAAGGCUCGUUGGUCUUUUAUCCGCUAGUAAGAGUGUGGUCCGACGGAAAUCAACAAGAGACUCGUUGUCCGUGACGGCACCAGGUCUUCCAGAGGAGGCCCCGACAUCUCGCUCUGCGUUUACACCCAACUCAAGUUACGUUCUACGUGCAGGAUUCCGUCUGCCUAAGGCGUCAACGCCCAGCACACCGGCCACCCCGUUCCGCAAAGACACGUUGUCGGCUCCGUUGAGUUCUCGAUCAGCUUUCGACCUCAUUAACGAAGCAACCGAAGGAUCUUCUCCAUCGGAGACCAGUCGAAUCAAGUCGCCUGAAACAGGCGAGAACCUACAGGGCUGGGCUACAGACGACGACGGAACUAUGACGAAAUCCUACUCGCUGCCAGUGCUUAAGCAACAAUAG